AUGCUGCCAAAAAUCCCGUGCUGCCCUCCAAGUCCUCCGUGCUGCCUUCCAAGUCCUCCAUGCUGCCCCCCAAGUCCUCCAUGCUGCCCACCCAAACCAUGCUGCCCACCCAAACCAUGCUGCCCACUGAAACCUUGCUGCCCCAAGUCCCCCUGCUGUCCGCCUAAAUCCCCAUGCUGCAUGCCAAAACCCUGCUGUACACCGAAACCAUGCUGCCCGCUGAAAUGCUCAUGCUGCCCGAAAAAGUGCUCAUGCUGCCCACAGUCUCCCCCUUGCUGUCCACAGUCUCCCUGCUGUCCGCAGGCCCCUUGCUGUAUGCAGUCCCCUUGCUGUUGUCAACCCUACUGCUGCUCUGCGGAGAUUAAGAGUGAGUCAGAUCCUGAUUCCACAACUGGCCAAACUCAGGAAAAGGGCUCUCAAGCACAGUCCUCUCAGAAGAAGUCAAGCAAGUAG